AUUUAAUGAAAUCCAUACCAGGUAUGGAGGCAUCUUACAAAUUGAUAAAUUAAGUAUGCAAAGAAAAUUUCAAACUAUAUUAGAACUUUAUUUUGGGGUUGGCAUGCUCAUCUUAGAUUUGCUAGAUAUCAAAGCUAUAGUAAAUCAUUCAUUCACCAGCAAGAAUCGAAAAUAAUCCUGUGAAACAAACAAGCCAGCCAUGGGUUUGCACAAUCCACCCGAAGUUCCAAUGGAACUUCAUAGGCAAAAUCGAACAAACCUAGUGAACGCCAUGCGUCGACAUCUUCAAUCUGAAGGUCUCCCUGUUAAUGGCGUUGUUUUGUUGCAGGGAGGUGAGGAGCAAACACGGUACUGUACAGACCAUGCCAUUCUAUUUAGACAAGAGAGUUAUUUUGCUUACUUAUUUGGAGUUAGAGAGCCAGGUUUCUUUGGAGCCAUUGACAUAUCAACUGAGAAGGCAUUUCUAUUUAGUCCAAGAUUAAGUGAAGAAUAUGCUAUUUGGUUGGGAACAAUACCAAGCUUAUCCUACUUGAAGGAAAAAUAUGAGGUAGAUGAAAUUUAUUAUACCGAUCAGAUGGAAAGCAUUUUAAGGUCUCUUGCCAUAGGGAAUGAAAAUGUGCUUUUAUAUCUCUUGCACGGUCUUAACACAGACAGCAACAAAUUCUCACAACCUGCAACUUUUGAGGGACUCAAAACUUUCAAUACCAACCUUGAAAUUUUGCAUCCUAUUCUGACAGAGUGCCGUGUAAUCAAAUCAGAUCUGGAGUUGAAUCUAUUACGAUAUGUCAGUGAAGUGAGCUCGGCAGCUCAUGUUGAGGUGAUGCGCAGAACAAGAGUAGAGAUGAAAGAGUAUCAACUGGAAAGUAUGUUCUUGAAUUACACCUAUAUGUAUGGUGGCUGUAGACAUUGCUCCUAUACCUGUAUUUGUGCAACUGGAGAGAAUAGUUCUGUGCUUCAUUAUGGACAUGCUGCGGCUCCAAAUGAUAGGACCUUAAAAGAUGGGGACAUGGCAUUAUUGGAUAUGGGAGCAGAGUACCACUUUUACGGCUCUGAUAUUACAUGUUCAUUUCCUGUUAAUGGAAAAUUCACGAAUGACCAAAAAAUGGUGUAUAAUGCAGUUCUUAGUGCUCACAAAGCUGUCAUUUCUGCAAUGAAGCCUGGAGUAAGCUGGGUGGACAUGCACAAAUUAGCAGAGAAAGUCAUUCUAGAGUCCCUGAAGGAUGCCAACAUUCUUUUAGGAGCUGUUGAACAAAUGAUGGAAAAAAGACUAGGGGCGGUGUUCAUGCCACAUGGUCUUGGACAUUUCCUUGGGCUUGACACUCAUGAUCCAGGAGGCUAUUUAGAGGGACUGGAGAGACCUAAAGAACCUGGAUUGAGAUCAUUGCGGACUGUUCGUGUUCUUCGUGAAGGAAUGGUCAUAACAGUAGAACCUGGAUGUUACUUUAUCGGUGCAACAUUGAUUCCAGCUAUGGAGAACUCAGAUACAUCAUGCUUCAUAAACAAGCAAGCCAUUUCCACGUUUCAAGAUUUUGGAGGAGUGCGAAUUGAAAGUGAUGUGAUUGUAACUGGAGAUGGAUGUGAGAACCUUACCAACUGCCCUCGAGAGACUUGGGAAAUUGAAGCAGUAAUGAAUGGUGAGCCAUGGCCUCUUAAAAGGUGAAUCAGGUCACCUGUCGAUAAAUGUAGGAAUCGCAUCAGCUGCCCCUGUGAAAAGGAAAAUGAAGCACUUGUGUGUGGUGAACCAUGGUGUUUUAUAAGUAAGCAUUAUGAUGUUUUAAGAGUUCUGCAGUCCACGUCCAUGUCAUAACUCCUUUCUGAGGAGGAAUAAACAGAAAUGCAUCUAAGUUAGAUCUUACUGUGAAGCGACUGAAAUUAGAUCAUUGGAACUCUACUUUUUAGUUGAAUUUUUCAAGUACUGGAAAAUUAUUGCGUAUCAUUUCAUUCACAAAUAGACGCAGAAGUGUAUGGUAUUGACAAAAACUGCUAGAAAGCAAUAUUAUUCAGAAAUAAAAACAGGGAUCAUGUUAUAAAAGAAA